CUUUCGCGAAAGGUGUGCGCGCGCAGUACAACAAUAGAGACAGCAACAAAAAUAUCCGGCUCAAUUCAAAGCGGGAUCUCAGAGCGUGUGGACAUAGAUCAUAUUAAUCGUGUGUUAAAAGAAAAGAAAAUCAAGUGAAGUAGAUAAAAGUAUAAUAAUAAAUAAAACUUGAUAAUAAAAUUUACAUUCUUCAUUCGUGAAACGAAAAAAACAAGCGGGUGUGUAAUAUAUUAUAUUUAGUGUUUCAACGUCAAUAAUCUAAGGAUUAUUUAAGCAGUCAAGAUGGUGUCCGGAGGAAUGGCUUGUGUCAAAUAUCUUUUAUUCCUUUUCAAUCUUAUAUUUGCCAUAACCGGAAUAGUAUUUAUUGCGGUCGGAGCGGUAAUUCUGGCAAUGUACAAUGACUAUAGUAAUUUUAUGGAUAAUUGGUUUUUCGCUGCACCUGUAUUGAUGAUCGUCGUUGGGGUUACAGUCUUCCUAGUAUCCUUUUUCGGAUGCUGUGGAGCAGUCAAGGAGCAUCAUUGUAUGAUAAUUACUUUCUCAGUGCUGUUACUCCUGAUUUUCGCAUUAGAGCUUGGCGCAGGCAUUUGCGGCUACAUGAUGCGCAAUGAAGUAGGCAAGAUGCUACAAUCUCGUCUUAAUAAUACAAUGCCUUUGUAUAAAUCAGAUCCAAAGGUCCAAAAGUCUUGGGAUGUUAUGCAGCACGAUUUUAAAUGCUGCGGUAUUGCUACAUCAUCAGAUUGGGCUAUUUUAUACCCUAAUACUGAACUGCCAAAUUCAUGCUGUCACGAGGUAGUUCUCAACCAUAAAUGCGAUUCAAAUUCAAUUACUGUCAGUUCUGAGGGGUGUAUGAAAAAACUGAAGGAUGCUAUUGAAGAUAAGGCAGUUAUUCUUGGAGCAGUUGGUAUUGGAAUAGCUCUUGUUCAGUUAAUUGGAGUUAUAUUCGCUUGCUGUUUAGCUCGAUCGAUUCGUCGUGAAUAUGAGACUGUUGAGACCACGGCACAUUGAUGAGCUACCAAUUAAGAGGCAUAACAUUUUCAUAUAAUCAAAUAUAAUAUAUUAUUCAUCAUGCAUUAACUCAAAGGAAUUUUAUUAUUUUAUUACUUAGUUGUGCUUAUUGAACGCGUAUUGAAAAUAAUGAUGCGUUAAUUUAUAAAAACAAACGAUAAUCUCUUUAUAUUAUUUUAAAAAUUUUAUCGUUGUAAAAAAUCAAAUCCAAUUGAUAUAUAUACAACUUAAAUUAAAAUUCACAAAACUAAAAGCAGUUGAAAAUUUUGUAUUACAUACUAUCACCUAGAAAAAAUUUUUAACUGUUUUUUUUUAACUGCCAGUUAUAACCAAAUAAAAAUGUAUUCAGUUUGAACGGAAGUUAUUCAAAAAUUUUAAGAAAUUUUUUUUUCUCCAAUUAAAUGAUAAAGUAAAUAAGUAAAAAAGUAAAUAAUAACUUGCUAUUAACUACAGAAAAUUAUAAAACAGCUUUGAAUACUCUAACAGUAUGGCUCCUUAAAAGUAAAUUGGCUUGCAACCGCUUCUGUAUAUUAAUAUAUAUAAAAAAAAAAAAACAUAAUUAUAAGCUAUAAAUCCAGGAUAGACCGUCAAUAAAAAGUAAAACAAGAAUAGUUGUAUUGUAUGGUAUUGAUCGCCGCUUGCUUCAUAUAAAAAGCACUUUUAACGUUUUAUUUUCACAUAUUUGUUAUUAUAUCACUUUAAUCAAAAUAAAAAAAAUAGUCAUUUAUCAUUGCCGUCCAUAGAUGUUUCCUAUAAUUUAAAUAAUUAUUGAUUUUAUUUCGACCGUCCAUCCUGGAAUAAAAUUGAUUUCAUUUACAUAUAUAUUCAUUCGAUCAAUUUAAAGUUAGUUAUAGAGUAUAGGAUUCAAAAUAUUUUAAAUGAAUCUCUUUAACAAUUAUUUAAGAUUAUUAUUUAUAAAAAUAUUAGUCGACUAAAUUAUAUGUUUAUAUUUAACAGUUAAAUCAUACAUAAUUAAUAAGUAUGUACUUCUAAUGUUAUUGUGUCCUUCCUUCUUCGCUCGCACGUUACACAUAAAAAUAGAAACAACAAAAGAAACAGAGUAAAAUAUAAAUAAGAAGGAAACAAAAAGUUUUCAAUCACAGAUUUAAAUUAGAGUGUUGUAUGGUCUGAACAAAGGAUAAUUCUUUUUUAAGGUAUUUUCGGAAUUCAAUACAUGUACAUCACGCAGAUGGCUUUUUAAUACAUAAAAGAGUUUGAAUAAGAUUAAUUCAAAAUUUGA